AUGGAUUAACAUCAUUCUAAAUCUUUUGGAGUUUUCAAUUAAUUGAACUGUCAACUUUUUAAACCAAAACCUCAUUCUUUCAGACUUUAAAUUGGUAAUUAAUCUCUUUAAGUUCUAAGGUUCAUUGCCUAAUGAAAUACCACAAAUCCUAAAAUAAGCUUUAGUUACUCCAUCUACAAAUGAUAAUGAUUCAAAGUAUUAAUUUUCAUAACUUAGUCACUCACCCUCUCCAUAAUUAAGGGCUUUUAAAUCCUACAGAGUCUCCACUGAAAUGUUAAAUGAAUCUCCGAUAGAUUAGAUAUAAUUAAUUAUAAGAGAAAACGAGAACUUGAAAAAAUCAUUGAACCAAAAAUAGAAGAUUAUUGAUAAUUUGACUCGAUCUCAAAAAACAAAAAUUAGAUUAGAUUUCAAUGAUUUGAAAAAGAAUUCAAGAUCUCAUAUUUAACCUCAAAGUUAAUAGGAUGCCAAUAAACCAAAGUUAAUUGAAGUAAAGUAAUCCAUCUCUUAAAAUUAUAAUAAACGAACUAAAUUACCUAGAAUUGAUGAUCCUAUUCCAAAAGAUGAUGAUUGUAAUUUCACUUUUGCUAAUAAUUUUUUCAACAACAACAAUGUCACAUGUCAACAUCAAAAGUUUAAUUUUAAAUAAGUGUUUGCCUAAUCUCAUUUGAAGAAGAAAUUUUUUACUUGA